AUGGCCCCCACUUCUUAUUCUGAUCUGAAGUUGGAACCUUUUGCAGCAUAUGAUGGAGGCUUGGAUGUGGGAGAUGUGAGUUGGGGUUACGAUGAACAAUGGUUUAUGAGUAGUGGGAGCAGUGAAUCUGAGAUUUCUAAUGUAGGAGUUCAAGAUAGAAGGGUAGGACGGGUUGUUGGAAAAAUAGGUGACGGUGUAGAUUGGAUAAGAAGGAUCAGAAUGAAGAGAGAGACAUUGCAGAAUGGUGUCUCAGGAGGAUCUGACAUUAGAAGAAAGAUUGAGAGAAAAGAUAGAAUCGCAUUAGCAUUAACUGACAUCUUCUACUGUCUAUACCACAAAAGAACCACGAGGGAGCAAUUUGAUCACGGAGCCUCUUGGGGAUUGACUGCUCUCGAUCUUCUGGGAAAGCUUGAUACUGUUGAUGUUGAUGAGGCUAUUUCAUGGUUGCUAAGUUGUCAACAUGAGUCAGGGGGAUUUGGUGGAAAUGUUGGACAUGAUCCGCACAUCCUCUAUACACUAAGUGUCGUGCAGGUGUUGGCUCUCUUUGAUAAGAUGGAUGUUAUUGAUGUAGAUAAGGAUUAUGUAGCUUUAGUUGGCUACCAUAUUGUCAACCUGCAAAAUGAAGAUGGAUCCUUUUCAGGGGAUAUGUGGGGUGAAGUUGAUACACGGUUCUCAUACAUUGCUAUUUGUUGUUUAUCAAUAUUACACCGCUUGGAUAAAAUCAAUGUGGAGAAAGCUGUGAAGUACAUUAUAAGUUGCAAAAAUAUGGAUGGUGGUUUUGGUUGCACUCCUGGUGGGGAAUCUCAUGCUAGUCAAAAUUGUGUUCUUUACUUCUUUCCCACACGAAAAGGAAUGCUUCAUGUUGGGAGGCCAUAA